AUGGCUCCAAACGAUAAACAGACACCAAUGAAUGAUCAGUUGGCCGAUCAGUUCGGCGAGCCCGUUCUUCAUGGCUGCACAGUCCGAUAUUUCCUUCUUGCUGCCGGCAUAAUGCAUUCGGCAAUGGCCACUGUAUUUGCCAAAAUGUCUGAGGACAGUUUACGACUGGUCUUUUCAACAGCGUCUAAGCCGGUGGGGACGGAAGCAGAGGCGUGUGGAGAGACUACGAGGCCAGAUGUACAGCCUGAAGCCGUCGACCUGAGUGUAAAGAGAAAACCCCAAGACCGCGACUGCAUCGAACGGAUACGACCAGCGGUCCCAUCUCAUGUUCUACCACCACCACCACCACCAUGUCUUUCACCAUCAUCAUCAGGGAGUUUUGCAGGCAGUACCACAACUAUUAAAAUCUCCGAAGAGUCUAACACCUAUUGUGAAAAACUUGGCUUCAGCGUUCCCCAGAUCCAGGGGCAACCGCAGUCCAAAUUCUUCCCGAUUGUGCCAGGCUAUGGCCCUCGCCUCCAUCCGCUUGCUGCAAGUAGGCCUCUUUUUAUGCCGGCUAAUGGCGGUGAAGAGUACGCCUGUAAAGUUCCAGGCUGCGAAAAGAAAUUUCGCAGUCAUAACUCCCUGGUCAACCAUCACCGUACGCACACGGGUGAACGACCGUUUGUUUGCGACUUCCCCGGCUGCUGGCAGGCCUUUGCACGACAGUCGAACCUCAUAACACACCGGUUGGUCCAUCUGGAUCGCGAAAUGCGACGAAAAUUUAUCUGUCCUGUGGGUGGUUGUGGAAGAAACUUCCUGAAGAAGACAAACCUCGAGGACCAUCUGAAUCUGCACCUGGGUCAGCGGCCCUACAAGUGUGAACACCCAGGCUGUGGCAAGGCCUUCCGUUGCCGUAGCAACCUGAGCGGACAUCGUCGAGUGCAUAUGCGGGCCAACGAGGCUGGUCAGUCCACUCAAUCCAGCGCCCUGGAAAAACGGAUAGAAAUGAUCCUAGCAAGGGCAGCCGAUUGCCCAAACGCCCAACAAUCUCCCUUCUAA